GCGGUGGCGGCGAUGUCCGCUCUUCUCGGUUGGCGGGGCAACCACCCCUCGGCCCAGGGAGGCGGCGAAUCUGAACGAAGGCGGCGCUCUCGGAGAGAAGGCCCUUCCCUCGCCUCCCGCGCGAGGAGCCGGGAUGCUAUAAAGCCCCCGAGGCCUGCUGGGGCGCUUACCCGGCCUCCUCGGGAGCGAGCGAGCGAGCGAGCGUGGGGGGGGGGGGGGGGGCAUUUCCCUUCCAUUUCUCCUCCCUGGCGAUUUUUGAGAUUGCGGCUCCUGAGAGAGGAAAGCUGGUUUGCGACCAUCCUGUGGCGGAAAGCAAAAGAUUAAAGGGAGGCCGAUAUAGUGAAGCAGCAGUAAUCCACACCAGUAGAAAAAUAACUUUCCCAGCAGAAAAAAAAAGCUGCAACGCCUGGGGAAGAAUGGCCAGUGAGAUUCAAGAACCAUUCCUGGAUAGCUCCUGUUCUGGCUCUGCGGAAGAUAGGGAAUCAGAGGGUGACAUUAUAACUAAACAUCAGGACUCAGAUAGUGAUCAGAGCGGGCCGAAGACAGUUGCCAAAUGUUUGAGUGAAGAUGCUGAACCUUUGGAAAUGCCAGCAGAGCCUGCUGAUCCAUGCCAGGUCACAAAAAUGAAAGUGAAACAGGAAGAGGGGCCAAAGACUGAGGCAGCCUUGGUGCCUCCUCCUGUGGAGGUAGCUGUCGCUGUCCCAGUGCCACCCUUGAACGAAGGGAAGGGAGCAAAACGGAUGAUGGAAGAUGAUGCUGAAGCCUUUAAAGAAAUGCCUGAUGUCUGCCAGGAAGCCAGAGAGCCAAGAAGGGCUAUGCUGCUGCCUGACCUCUUUGGAGAAGCCCAGGAAGCACACAGCAGUCUGGAUGUCAGCCGGGCAGGAGGCUGCACAAAGGUGGAGCAGGCUAUUCCGUGCUUGUCCAACAUGGUCUCAGAAAAUAAGCGCAAACGCUUUCGGGGUUUCGCCUAUAAAGAGACUGAAGGUCCCCAAGUGGCUUAUGAGCGGCUCCAGGAGUUGUUGUUCCAGUGGUUGAAACCAGAGGCCCACAGCAAAGAGGAAAUAGUUGAGCAGCUAGUCCUCGAGCAGUUCCUGAACCUCCUCCCCGAGGAUGUCCAGAAAUGGGUCCGGGAGCGUCAUCCAGAAAACGGGGAUGAAGCUGUCGCCCUGGCAGAAGACUACCAGUUUCUGCAUCCUGAGCCCGGACGGCAGCCCUAUCCGGAAAGAGCAAGGCAGCGGGCUUCAGCCAGAAGUUGGCUGCGCUGAAGUCUCAGGAACAGACGGGCAGGAAGGGCUAUUUGUAAGGGAAGGGACCCUUAGGGGUAGAAAGUCUGGUCGGUUGAUGGCUACCCUGCUCAGAGAUUUGCUAUGGCUCAAAGCUAAAGAGACAUGAUGAUUUUGGGCAGCUAUUGUAUUCCUUGUACACCACGUUCUGGGUGAUGCUUUGCAUGACAAUAAAAGGCUGAUCUAUUCCAAAA